CCUCCUCCCCUCCCACCCACCUUCUCCCCGUGAUGGCGGAGGACAGCGAGUCUGCCGCCAGUCAGCAAAGCCUCGAGCUGGACGAUCAGGACACCUGCGGCAUCGACGGCGACAAUGAGGAGGAGACGGAGCACUCCAAGGGAAGUCCAGGAGGAGAUUUGGGAGCUAAAAAGAAGAAAAAGAAGCAGAAACGAAAAAAGGAAAAAACAAAUUCCGGAGGUACCAAAUCAGACUCUGCUUCGGACUCCCAGGAGAUUAAAAAUCAGCAACCUUCAAAAAAUCCAGCCAUUCCAAUGCAGAAACUACAAGACAUUCAAAGAGCUAUGGAGUUGCUCUCCGUCUGCCAGGGGCCAGCCAAGAAUAUUGAUGAAGCAACAAAACGCAAAUACCAGUUUUGGGACACACAGCCUGUACCCAAGCUUAGUGAAGUUAUAACAUCGCAUGGUGCUAUUGAACCAGAUAAGGAUAACAUACGUGUAGAGCCGUAUUCUUUACCGCAGGGUUUUACUUGGGACACGUUGGAUCUGAGCAAUGCUGAAAUUUUAAAGGAGUUGUACAUGCUGCUAAAUGAAAAUUAUGUUGAAGAUGAUGAUAACAUGUUUAGAUUUGACUAUUCACCGGAAUUCCUUUUGUGUGAUAAGAAAAUGGUAGAAAUUAACUUUCUGUGUGUCCAUAAAAAACUACGAUCAAAGCGAGUAGCACCGGUCCUGAUCCGUGAAAUAACUAGAAGAGUAAACUUGGAAGGAAUUUUUCAGGCUGUUUACACUGCGGGAGUCGUCCUUCCCAAGCCUGUAGCAACUUGCAGAUACUGGCAUCGAUCGCUGAACCCCAGAAAAUUGGUAGAAGUGAAAUUUUCUCACUUGAGCAGAAAUAUGACAUUACAGAGAACAAUGAAGCUCUACAGACUUCCUGAUGCCACAAAAACCUCAGGCUUGAGACCUAUGGAACGAAAAGAUAUCAAAGCAGUGCAGGAGUUGGUUAACAAUUACUUGAAGCAAUUCAAUCUUGCUCCUGUUAUGGACGAAGAAGAAGUGGCUCACUGGUUCCUGCCUCAGGAUCAUAUUAUUGACACCUUUGUGGUAGAGAAUUCAAAUGGUGUUUUAACUGACUUUCUGAGUUUCUAUACAUUACCUUCAACAGUCAUGCACCACCCUGCUCAUAAAAGCCUCAAGGCAGCCUAUUCCUUCUAUAAUGUUCACACGGAAACCCCUCUCUUGGAUCUAAUGAAUGAUGCACUCAUUAUAGCAAAGAUGAAAGGAUUCGAUGUGUUUAAUGCACUGGACUUGAUGGAAAACAAAACAUUCCUGGAAAAACUGAAAUUUGGUAUUGGUGAUGGAAAUCUGCAGUAUUAUUUGUAUAACUGGAGAUGCCCUGGCAUGGAUUCUGAAAAGGUUGGUCUUGUAUUACAAUAAGGUGAAAGGACACUUAUAUUUAUAAUUCUUGGAAGUCAUCAUCUGGGCUCUUGGAUACUCUUGGAUCCGUACAGUUCAAGAGGCGCCAAAGCACAAUGCCUGAUGAACUUAAAUCAAUCAGUCAAACCUUGGGGGAGGGAGGGCUACAAGAAGUGAAGGUUUCUGAGCUCAACUAGCCCUUCAACUCUGAAUAGGAACAAAAAUGCUUAUAAACCUUUUACUGUUUGUCAAUGAAAAAGAAAUAAAGCACAUUUGUUUAAUUUUAAAUGCUUAGCUCGCAUCUUGAUGCAAAGGGUACUUUUCUGUUUCCCUGCAUAAAAAUAAAAAAGACUUUUUGUACAACAAUGAAGUUGCAGUGGUGGAAUAGAGUACAAAUACUUUACUGUAAUGUGACUGAACUGCUGCAUUUCUAUUUAUUAAGUGGUAGUGUAUGUUUAUCAAUGUAACGAAAUGAAGGAGCCAAUUUUAAGUAUUUCUGCUUAUUUUCAUGACAUGGAUGUCAUCAUCGUCAAGAGCUUUGGGAAUAUGACUGGUAGGAAAACAUGCAGAUUUGGGAAAUCUUUUGUAAUGUGGAAUGGAACAGACAUAUGCUCAUUGGAGUAGUAAGUGUUGCUCCAUAAAUGAUGCUGCCAAAUCAGUAAAAAUACAAAUUUGUAAUUUGAUCUUCAACAGACCAGUGACUUGAUUAUAGUACAGCACUGCUGAAUGCACAUGUUGAUAUCCUCCCUGAGAUAUGGUGUUCUUUUCAUCUUACAGCUCCGAAAAAGAAAUUUUUACAGUUUUUGAUGGUACAGUAACAGCAGCCUGUACAUGAAACUUAGAAUAUAUUACUACUGUUAUUAAGAUGUGUUAAGAUGAAUGUGUUUUAAGGCUUUUGCAGAAUUGCACAUAUUCCUUUUGUCUACUCGUUUUUUUAAGAAAACAUUUUAAACUUAAAAAUAUGUUUGUGUAAAUAAGUAAAUUUGUUGCUAGUAGUAGCAAUAUAAUUCUGGUUUUGGGGGAAGAUGUGGUUUCAUAGUAUACAUUUGUAUAUGUUCUUGCAAAUGAUUUUUGUUGGCAGAAAUAUGUGCCAAAAUGUCUUGGUUCAUAUCUUAUGGUAAAUCUUAAUAUGGUUUUGUUUGGCUUAGUGCGUCAUGCGAAUACAACCUACCAUAAUUUCUUUAACAAAUGAUAGCUUAGCAAAAUGCAUGAACCAGGUCAAGAUAUCUGUUUCCCUUUGGAUUAAUAGAGUUCAGUUUAGAAAAUGGUAAGCCACUGCAUAUGCAACCUCAUUUUCAACAACUGUUUAUAUAUAGAUUUGUCAAACUCUUUUCACACAUCACAGUAAGCCAUGCUUGUUGGGGAACUAUAGUUAGUUUGUAGACAACAAAAUAUUCUUUUGGCCAAUUUUGGAGGCAGGUUUGUUUCCUUUAUUUUAAGCUUAGUUAUUUGCCCUUCUCCAACUGGCAUUUUCCCAAUGCAUCGGACUAACUUCUAGCAUCUUCCCAUCAAUAAAAACAGUAGCCUCAUUUGAACACAGUGCCAAGCCAUAACGUCAUUUGUUUGGUUUUGGCUGCUUGUGAUAUUUCAACUCCCACAUGCUGUGGGAACUGGCUAUCUAAAUUUUUAUAUUUCUUGAAUAAUUGUUUUUCCACAUUUCAAAAUAGUAUCUUGAUCCCAUCACAUUUUUGAGAGAUGGGUGGGGGAAUUGUAGAUGUUUAACAAUGAUCUGAACAUCUUUUCAAAGUGGAUUCAUCAAGUACAAAGUUGCUGGAGAAAAAGUAUUAUCAAGAUUUGAUCCUAAUUUGUUAGUAGCCUUGGUAGAUAGUAUAACAAGUUUAACCAAAUACUGAAACGUAUUUGUAUAUUUCCAAAUGUGGAAAUUUUCAAAGAGAUUCCAAUAGCCUAGCUUAGAGUGACCAUGAGAUCAUGUGUUUUCGUCGCUCCUAAAUCAAAAACUACUAAUUCGGUUGCUAAAUCUCAAGCUUUUAGUCUUUUCCUAUUGUUAGCUAAUGGGGAAAGGGACUCUUGUACAUGUUUUCCCAAAAGCUGAUGUUGCAUACAAACCAGGAAUUAUAAUUUUAAAUGUUGCCAGAAACUCCUAAUAGCUCUAAUCCCGGAUUUUGCAUUAGUUGCAAAAUCUGUGCUUAAAAGUAAUUUACACCUUGUUAACGGACACAGUUCUAUACUUCCUAUUCUGUUUCUUCCCCCAAUUUUCCCGUUUCUACAACCCAUUCUAUAG